CUGCCAUUAAAGGGACCGAUCCAUAUAAUUUAAGAAGGUUGUCUCGUGAGAUGCAUAUUUGUGAGCUAACACUCACGCAGAUGAACUAUGUAUCUGAUCUUAAUUCUACAAAGACUAUCGAAUGCAUGUUUUUAAAACUCCCGUUACACCUGCAAAGAGAAUGGGUUAAAGUUGCGUGUAGAAUUCUUAAGACAGGUAGAGAACCUUCAUUCAAGGACCUUUGUGAAUUUGUGAAAGAGCAGUCAGACAUUGCUAAUACUAGGUACGGCUUACUUGUCAACCGCGGUAGUAAUAGUGGCAAUAAAGAUGUUGGUGUUUUAAAAAGGAAAAUUAGUACAGAUUACAAUGCAGCAAGAAUAUCUUAUGCGAGUGCUAGUGAUGAUAACGCUCUCUUACGCAGUUCAUCUUGUUUGGAGUGCUCCAGUAAUCAUUCUUUAGAUCAAUGUCAGAAAUUUAAAGACAAGAAGGUUAGAGAAAGGAAGGAAUUCGUUCUUAGACACAAGUUGUGUAAUGUAUGCCUGAAGGCAAACCACGUAGCAAAAAACUGUCGAUCGCCGAGAUCGUGUGCUGUCGAAGGGUGUGGCUGGAGACACCAUACCUUGUUACACGAGUUGCGGGAAGAACCAAGGAAUACUAAUAUUGAUGCACACAUUAACACCCAGCUAUGUACGGAGAAAAGUGUUGAGCGUGUACAGAAACAAGCAGCAUUCGCAAUAGUGCCUGUACUGGUAAGAAAUGGAGAAAAGGUAGCACAGACUUGCGCCUUCUUAGAUAGUGGGUCGGAUGCCUCGCUUAUUACAGAAGAUCUAGCUAAAAGGUUGAAUUUAGAAGGAGAGCCUAAGACGAUUUCGUUGAAAACGUUGGAUAACCAUUCCACAAUUCAGUGUAAAGAGGUUCAACUAGAGGUUUCCUCCUUAGACUCGUCUUCGUCAUUUAGAAUCCCAAACGUAUGGACAGUCGAGAGAUUACCUAUGUUGCGCAGGACGGUACCAACGACGUCUCAAAUGAAAUCCUGGACGCAUUUAAAAGACAUAAGUUUUCCUAGAGUAGAGGAUGAGAAUGUCAAACUGUUGAUCGGGUGCAACGCACCGAGUGUACACGAAAUGAAAGAGUUAAGAACUGGAAAGUCGAAUGAACCAUUCGCCGUGAAGACUCCGUUAGGUUGGACGCUGUUCGGUUCCUAUAGGAAACCUUGUGAAAGCAAUUGUGCACUCAACCACCUCUCAGCUAAAGAGGAAUUAGAGGAUAAGUUCGAACAGUUGUACUCAACUGAAUUCAAAGAUCCAUUUAGUCGUACUAUAUCGAUGUCUGUAGAAGAUCGUAUAGCACUCAGUGCUAUAUCAAAUUCAGUACAAAGGUUAAACGGGCACUAUCAAAUAGCUCUACCUUGGAGGCACAACCACGAGUUACCUAAUAACAGAGAAUUAGCAGAACGUAGACUUAGCUGUUUGAAAGGUAGACUUAUUCGGGAUAAGAAGUUGUUCCAAGACUAUGUAGACUCCAUGACUCGGUAUGUAGAACGAGAUUACGCUGAAAAGGUAAACGAUAACCACUCUGAUGGGCGAAUUUGGUAUCUUCCUCACCAUCCAGUCUUCCACCCCAAGAAACCUAACAAGCUAAGAAUAGUGUUCGAUUGUGCAGCUCAGUAUGCUGGAACGUCUUUAAAUAAGAGCCUUUAUUCUGGGCCUGAUUUAGUCAAUAACCUAGUAGACGUUUUCACCAGGUUCCGGCAACGACCAGUAGGUCUUACGGCGGACAUUGAAGCCAUGUUCCAUCAAGUAAUAGUUCCGCCGCAUGAUCGAGAUGUUCUUAGAUAUUUGUGGUGGCCAGGUGGAGACUUAGAAAAGGAACCCGGGAUCUAUAGAAUGAAAGUUCAUCUGUUCGGGGCAACUUCAUCGCCAUGUUGCGCCACCUUUGCUUUACAGAAAACGAUUUCUGAUAAUCAAGAUAAAUUUCCCAGGGCUGUUACGCAAGCAGCUAAAGAACAGUUUUAUGUGGAUGAUUUAUUGAUAAGUGUGGAUACCAUAGAAGAAGCCAAACGGACAUAUUCGCACUUUAAAAGACUCCUAAGUUUGGGAGGAUUUAACUUAACUAAAUGGACUAGUAAUAGCGUUGAAGUGCUGGAGUUCAUUCCAGAAGGAGACCGUGCUGAAGGAAGCAUUACUGUCUGUGAGUCCAGUGAGACAAGUAAACGAACUCUUGGAAUAGAGUGGAACGUCCGAACAGACGAGUUAUGUUUCAAAGUUCACGAAUUUCACGGAAACCCACCAGAAGGAAUGUUUUAUCGUAUGUAGCAUCUAUCUUUGAUCCAAUUGGGUUUGUGGCCCCAGUAAUAUUGCCGGCUAAAGUGAUCUUACAAGAUACUUGUCGUCAGAAACUAGACUGGGAUGCCGAGUUACCCAUAGAUUGUCAAACAAAGUGGAAUAAUUGGUGUAGACAUAUAAAAGGGUUAGACCACUUAAGGAUACCAAGGUGUUUGAAACCAGGGUUUGAACCAUCAUCUGCGCAAAUUCAUUGUUUUGCCGACGCCUCCGAGCUUGCGUAUGGUGUUGUUGCGUAUAUUCGUUACGAAAGUGUUUCUGGUCAGAUUCAUUGUUCAUUCCUGCUAGCUAAGUCUAGGGUUGCUCCUCUAAAGCUUGUUACUAUACCCAGAAUGGAAUUAACGGCCUGUGUUCUGUGUGCUAAGAUUGGAAGGCACGUAAGGGAACAGUUAAGUAUCCCCAUUUCGUCAGUCAUUUAUUGGACCGAUUCGACAGUUGUGCUUCAUUGCAUAAAAAAUACGACUAAAAGGUUUGAAAGGUUUGUGAGUAACAGGUUAGAAACUAUACACGAGUUGUCUACGCCGAGCCAAUGGAGAUAUGUGAAAGGUAAAUUGAAUCCUGCAGAUCACGCGUCUCGUGGAUUAUCACUAAAUGAUAAGGCUAAGGUAAGAGAGUGGUUACAAGGGCCGAGAUUCUUGUGGGAGGAAGAAAAUAAGUGGCCUAACCUAGAAAAGAUUGAGAACACUAUAGCCCAUGUAUUGACAGAGGAUUUCGAACUCCAAGACACGAUGAUGAGUUCCUAGAUCGAUUUCGUACGUGCAAGUCGUGGUCCAGACUUCUAAGGGUAUUUUCAUACUGCAGACGGCUUAUCAAUAAUAUGUUAAACAAGAGGAACGGAAAUCGUCUAACCUUAGGCGAGCUAAGUGCUGAGGAUAUCGAAAAUUCGAAGAGUGACAUAAUUAAACUAGUCCAAAGUAUCGCGUACCCGGCCGAAAAAAGAAUUCUAAACAGCGCACCGUUGACGCUCGGAGAAAACGCUUUUAGACAGCAAAAAGGUCAAGAAGCAAUGGACGAGGUGAACAGGAGAAAAAAAUUAAUUCGUCAAAGUUCUAUAAGAAAUCUCAACCCCUUUAUGUUUGAAGGCAAAAUCCACGUGGGAGGACGUUUGCAGUUAUCAUGUUUACCCUUUGAAACCAAAUAUCCGAUUAUUCUUCCUAAUAAUCAUUUUGUUACAGAUAUGAUUAUAAUGCGUUAUCAUGUGAUUAACGCACAUGUUGGAGUUACUCAAACUCUGAGUAGUAUUCGUGAGGAGUAUUGGAUUGUUAGAGGAUAUUCUACUGUUCGGAAGGUUCUAAAACGAUGCUAUUUAUGUAGAAGACUUUAUCCUAAACCAUGUUCCCAACUAAUGGCACCGUUGCCGGAAUACCGAGUAGAGACUCAUUCGCCACCCUUUAGUCAAGUAGGUGUGGAUUAUUUCGGACCGUUCUAUGCCAAGCGUGGUAGAGUUGUCGAGAAACGUUAUGGCUGUUUAUUCACCUGCUUAUCUAUUAGAGCCGUUCACAUCGAAAUGGCCUAUUCUUUAGAUACGGAUUCAUUUCUAUGCGCAUUAACGAGAUUUAUUGCCAGAAGAGGAUGUCCAAAGCGUAUUUUUAGUGAUAACGGCACAAACUUCCGAGGUGCAGAUGCCAGUUUGAGACAGAUUAUACGUUCCUGGAAUACUAAUAAAAUAGAAAACCACCUUAAAGAACGAGAAUGUGAGUGGCGUUUUAACCCACCUAGAGCAAGUCAUCGAGGUGGUGUGUGGGAACGCAUUAUAAGAUCAAUUAGAAGAAUCUUAAGAGUGCUUUUAUUCCAAAACGUGUUGACCGAUGAAACUCUGCAAACCUUCUUAACUGAGGCGGAACGGAUACUGAAUGACAGACCUCUGGUUAAGAUGACAGAUGACCCUGGUACCCUAGAAGCUCUUACUCCGAACAAGUUGUUGUUGAUUCAUAAAAAAUUAUCAUUCGACGAUGCUUCGGUGGAUAAGACGUUAUUAUACAACAAAAGAUGGAAAGAAGCUCAAAGACUAACCGCCGCAUUCUGGAAUAGAUGGAUAAAAGAAUAUUUACCGACUCUUCAAGCAAGAGACAAAUGGUUGGACGUACACAAGAACUUACAACCGGGUGACUUAGUCCUCGUUAGUAACGUCGAAAUGAAUAGAGGUCUAUGGCCUAAGGCUAUAGUCGAGCAAGUAAGCUAUGGCCCGGACGGACGAGUCCGCACGGCAAAGUUGAGAACUUCAAACGAAGAAAUCGUCAGAGAUGUGCGAAGCCUAUGCUUGCUGGAAGAAGCCGGUUGUCUGAAAGCGACGACGGCCCUGGACAAUGGACGUGGUGCGCGUUUCGGGGGGAGUGUAAGAUGUGAUCGAUAAACGAACCACCAAUAAUAAAGGGAAACGCCCACCACCACAUUAACUCCUUUUGACCUUGUACGACUGUAUCUUUUUAUUAGCCAAUCACAGUUUAAUGUUCAUUGUAAAACAAUAUUUGCUUGUUGGCUCAUUCUUCCUAUUCUCUGGCUACCGUUCGGU